AUGGCGCCCGCGGGCCGCGCGGCGCCGCCGGGAGGCGGGGGCUGGGGAGCUCGGCAGCCGCUGCCGGCAGCCGCCCGGCACUCUGCCCUCCCGCCGCCGCCUCUGCUCCCCUCGGAGGGCUCGCCCCCCGCCCCGCCUCCCGGCGGCUUUAAGCCCGGCCCCCGCGCUGCCCGCCCCCCGCCUGGCAGGGCCCGCGGGCCCGGGGCGGCGGGAGAGGCCCCGGAGCGCGCCCGGCGGGGGGCGCCGCGCGGCAGCGGAGCGUGCAGGGACCGCGGCGGGAGCGGGGCGGGCGCGGCCGGGCUGCUCCGCUCGGCGUGUGCGGCUGCACAGGCGGAGAGAUGCAGAGCAACAAGCUGCCAGCUAAAGGGCACAGAGAAGCAGAUGAAGAGGAACCUGGUGAUUGCAGGAGUAUCCCAGUUGGCUGAUGUGGCUUCCGUCGAGGAUGGCUCCUCGUCCCCAGGCUGCUGGGAGCUGGCUGGAAGGAGCAGGGAGCGCUGCCCCACGGCGCGUGAUACAGACGUCAGCUCGGGAGUGAUUUUCCAAACUGGAAGUGCUUUGCCUUCCAAGAGGUUGUGUUUUAGGAGCUUCCCAGCAGAGCGACUAUUAAGAGAUGAUGUACUUAGCAGUCAAAGUCACCAGCAACAAGACUUUUCACUCUCCUGAAAAAAAAAGGGAAAAAGCUGAAUUUCGUUCCAAAGACUCCAGCACAGCACAUGCUCCAGAAAUGGGUGGUGUUGCUGCUCCUUACACUUUCUCAGUUGUAGCAGUUGGGACAUCAUAAAAAUGUGUUCCUCCCCAUGCUUCGGUACAGCCAAAAGCAUUAGCAGCUGGGCCAGUCCUCUGUGGUAGCCUUAUGUAUCGCAGCACUGGCAGGGGGGGGUGAUUUUCUUUGGUGUUUUUUGUUUGUUUGUUUUUGUUGUGGUGGUUUUUUUUUUCCCAAAGCACUGGCGAUUGUUGGCUGUGAUUUGCAGGAAAGUUCAACCAAAGCUGUGGUAAGAUUUUUUUAAAAAAACAAAUCAUAAUAGAUUGAAUAUAGUACAAACAAUUGCAUUCCCUAGCCUAGAAUUUACUAACUUUUUUGCUACUCAGAAGUAUCUUAUGGCCUUUAAUGCUGGUGGGGAAAAUGAAAUACCCUAUCAGUUGUCUUGAAUACAAGUGUUUAAGAGAAGGCAACUUGGUGUUUUUGUAUCUGUUGCUAGUGGUUAUUUUUUCUUUUUCUAGAGCUGCCUGUGCUUUCCUACUGGAUUUAAAGUAAAUAAUCCAAAGUAAAGCAAUGCUAAUUUGAUAAAUGUAUAUGAGAAAAAAAAUUGUAAUAGCCUUUGGCUUUACUGAUUGAAUUUAGAUAAUAGUAUAUGAAUUCACGUUGGUUAAUACCAUGCAGCCCUCAGUUUAGUUUAUUCUCCUUGUUGCAUGUGUAAAUAUAAUAUAAAUUUCUCUAUUUACUGUGCACUGCUUUAAGCUCCCAGUAUUAAUUUAAUCUAGUACCAUAGUUUGCAUUCAGGUUAUUUUGCUGAUUGUUAAAACCUUCUUAUUCAGGAACAGAUAUAAAAAUAUGUCAUUGGCAUAGAUUUCUGUUUGAUUAUGCUACCUUUUAUGGAUAAACAAAGAAGUCUGCUUAAUUCAGUACAAUGACAUAGAUUGUAUAUAGAAAACUUCAGAUGUUUCUUUAUAAGGUCAUUUAGGUCAGUAUCUGUCCUACAAAGGGAAACCAAUUACGUCAAGGACAUUAUUAUUCAGAUGAUGGCUUGUCACUUCUUGAAUUAAAUCCUCAUUGUUCAGGGUUAGUUUCUUUUCUUGGAUGCUACAGAAUCACAUUUUUCAACUGGCAGUUGCUUAAAGAGUGUGUGUAAACUCUUCCCUGUUGUACCAUCUGACUGUAUGCACAUAGAUGAAGUCUUGAAUUAUUAUUAUUAUUUUGCAUAGUGUCCAUCUAAUGUGAUGUAGUUUAUACUUUGUUCGCAAUGAAGCCCUUGGGGUUCCUUCACUAGA